AACUUUCAAUCCAUCUCUCGUUCAAAAACCCUACACCAAAAACCCAUCGCCGGUUUCCGAUUCAUUCAUCGCCGGCGAUGACGGCCGUUUCCAAGCCACCGUCGAGCUUCGCCGUCACUCCGCACAAGCUCUCCAUUUGCAUCCUGGUUCAAGUUUACGCACCGCCUUCUCAAAUUUCCAUCCCAUUCCCUUUCUCCUCCGUUUCGCAGCACAACUGUCUCGGGAUUUUCCUCAUAUCCCUCACCAAGGAAUGUGGUGGCAUUUUCGAGCCUACGCUUGAUGAGCUGAUUACUCAGCUGAAGGAGAUUGAUGGCUUGCUCAAUCACUGGUUGAGUGACCACUUAAUGGGGAGGCUUUCGUCGCUGGCCUCACCGGAUGACUUGUUCAAUUUAUUUGCUGAUUUGCGAGGGAUCCUCGGGGGCUCGGACUCUAAUGUUAUGGAUGAUGAUCAGAUUAUGCUGGAUCCUAAUAGCAUCAUUGGCAUGUUUGUACGGCGUUGUUUGCUUACCUUUAAUCAGAUGUCAUUUGAGGGUAUUUGCCAUCUCUUAACAAGUAUCGGGGCAUAUUGCAAGGAUUCCUUCUCAGGUUACCAACCGUAUGAGUUACCACAUUUGGAUGAGUCCACUAGUUAUUCAAAUGUUCCAUCAGAAUAUGAGAAUAUGGAGAUGGAAAGUUUUUACGAGAAAUCUGUGGAAGAUUUUGAGGAAAGAAAAAUGGAGAUUGGAAGAACCCCUUUCCACGGACAUGCAUCAAAGACUUUUUCUGAAUUUAGUGAUGAUAGUGGUAUCUCUUCAAGCCACAGGCUGGAACAUAUGGAUAAGAAUGCAGAAGCUAAGUCUUGUUUAUUCUCUUCGAGCGAUAUGUCAAGGGAUAUUGGCUCUGUUAGUGGGACUUUCCUACACACAAAUUGGCAGGUACAAGGCUACCUAUCAGAGCAAGCAGAUGUUAUCGAGAAAUAUGGAAGCUCUUUCCCUCUUGACGCUUUUGAGUCCAUACUGAAAAAGCUCCAGCAGUUGGCACCUGAAUUACAUCGAGUUCACUACUUGAGAUAUUUGAAUAACCUCUAUCAUGAUGAUUAUCCUGGGGCACUGGAAAACCUCCACCGUUAUUUUGAUUAUAGUGCAGGGACUGAAGGAGUUGAAUGUGUUCCUCCUCCAUCUGGAUGCAGUAGUUUCGGAAGAUAUGAGAUCGCUUUAUUAUGUUUAGGAAUGAUGCAAUUUCAUCUAGGACACCCGAAGGAAGCUUUGGAGGUAUUAACUGAAGCAGUUCGAGUUUCUCAGCAGUACAGUGAUGAUACUUGUCUUGCAUAUACACUGGCUGCUAUUUCCAACCUCUUGUCUGAAGUAGGAAUAUCAAAGACAUCUGGAAUUAUUGGAUCUUCAUAUUCACCUGUCGCUGGUAUGGGGACGUCAUUAUCAGUCCAACAACAAUUAUACGUGCUUUUACGGAGAUCUUUGAAGAGGGCAGAAAGUCUGAAGCUGAAAAGACUGGUAGCAUCUAUUCAUCUCGAAAUUGCUAAGUAUGAUAUAACGCAUGUACAAAGGCCACUGCUUUCAUUUGGCCCGAAGGCUUCGAUGAAACUUAGAACAUACCCUGCCAACAUCUACAAGGAAUUGUGGUUGAGUUCUCGUCUAAUAAAUGAUUUCGGGGAUGAAAGUUCUGUAUUGACUGCUGAUGGCGCUUUCUGUACAAAAUGGCUGAAAAGUCUUAAAAAGCCACUAGACUCAUUGAUAUUCAGUCAAGAAAAUGAAUCAAGAAGUAAUUCCAGUUCUUUCCAAUUUUCUGCACAACCAAGCUCAAUUCCUGGAUCUGUUGUACAAUUAUUAGGAUCGUCGUAUCUAGUCCGUGCUAGUUCAUGGGAGAUGUAUGGCAGUGCUCCUCUAGCUCGAAUAAAUGCACUGACUUUUGCAACUUGCUUCGCAGACUCCUCAAGUUUAUCCGAUGCUGCAUUAGCAUACUCCAAGCUUAUCCAACAUUUGGCUGUUUAUAAAGGAUACCAAGAUGCUUUUGCUGCCCUGAGAAUAGCAGAAGCGAAGUUUGCAUGUGUUUCAAAGUCCAGAAUCAUGUUAUUGAAACUACAGUUGCUGCAUGAGUGUGCUUUACAUAGGGGACAUUUAAAAUUAGCUCAGCAAUUCAGUGAUGAGCUUGGUGUUUUGGCCUCCUCUGUGACUGGUGUGGACAUGGAGCUGAAGACAGAAACUAGUCUCCGUCAUGCUCGGACAUUACUUGCUGCAAACCAGUAUAGCCAGGCUGCAGCUGUUGCACAUGCUCUAUUCUGCACAUGUUAUAAGUUUAACAUGCAAGUGAAAAAUGCUACUGUUCUUCUGUUGCUUGCUGAGAUACACAAGAGGUCAGGCAAUGCUGUUUUAGGAAUUCCAUACGCUUUGGCUAGCCUUUCCUAUUGCCAAUCAUUUAAUCUGGAUCUUCUAAAAGCCUCUGCAACAUUAGUGUUGGCUGAGUUAUGGCUUUCUCUUGGACCAAAUCACGCAAAAAAGGCAUUGGCCCUCUUACACAGCUGUUUCCCCAUGCUUCUUGGUCAUGGUGGUUUGGAGCUACGUUCUCGAGCACUUAUUAUGGAAGCAAAAUGCUAUUUGGCUGACCCAGACUUUUCAGUUUCGGACAAUCCAGAGAUGGUGCUAGAACCUUUAACACAAGCUUCCGAAGAACUUCAACUAUUGGAGUAUCAUGAAUUGGCAUCAGAAGCUUUCUACUUGUUGGCCAUUGUAUACGACAAGCUCAGGCGGUAUGACGACAGGGAAGAAGCCGCAUCUUCGUUCAGGAAGCACAUUACUGCAUUUGAGAAUCCAGAAGGAAUGGACGAUUCUCUCUUCAGCCGACCAUCUUCAUAGAGAUAAUUCAGAGAAUAGGGUGCAUGAUGAAAAAUGAGGAAGGAAAGAUGUACCA